AUGGUGGCAACGUACCUCGCGGAGGCCUCCAUUGCGAGGCAUCGUGACGACCCGAGCUGGCUCGACGGAGUGGAGCUCUUGAUUGUCCCAGUGGCAGCCAUAGUGGCAAACCCGGACGGGUUCGUGUACUCCCAGACGUCGUUCGCUAUGUGGCGGAAGAGCCGCUCCAGCAACGGCGGGGGCAGCUGCCCAGGCGUCGACCUCAACCGCAACUGGGACUCCGACUGGAACGGCGCGUCGUCCACUUCUUUGAACCCGUGCUCCGACAUCUACGUGGGGUCGUCGCCCCAGUCCGAGCCCGAGAGCCAGGCGAUAGACGCGCUGAUCCUGGAGGCGCAGGCCACGGUAUUCCUCGACCUGCACUCGUACGGGGAGAUGAUCCCAGCGGCCGCCGCCGUUCCGGUGAGGAGAAAGACCAUCCUGAAACUGGUUGCCAAGAGCCUGUUGGUCAAGCCAGGCGCGGGCCUCGUGAUUACACGGACAGUGCCACAAACGGUGUUCAGUUGUUUCCACUGCCGUGCCGCAACGCACACAGAACUCGUCGCCAUCGUGGUAGGCGAUGCGUGA